AUUUGGUCGAACGGACGAGGUCGAGUGACGCGACGACCAACGCUAUCAGCUCUACUUCUUGGACUGCACGACACGCCAUCGCCACUUCUUCACGCGCCACGGGAGCGCCGUCAGAAGCAUAGACGCCAUGGCUUCGGCACCUAGCGGCAAUGCCCUGCUGCUCAAGCGGCAGUUGAACGAGCUUCGAAAGCACCCAGUCGAUGGCUUCAGCGCCGGCUUAAAGGAUGAGAGCAACCUGUACGAGUGGGAGAUCAUGAUCAUCGGGCCAAACGACACCCUCUACGAAGGCGGCUUCCUCCGAGCCGAGCUCAUCUUUCCACCGGAGUACCCCUUGCUCCCGCCCAAGAUGAAAUUCCUUACCAAGAUGUGGCACCCCAACAUCUAUGACGACGGCGGUGUCUGUAUUUCGAUCCUCCAUGCGCCUGGCACAGACGAGUGGGGCUACGAAGACGCGGGCGAGAGGUGGAUGCCUGUGCACACCGUCGAGUCGAUUCUCCUCUCCGUCAUCAGCCUUCUCUCCUCGGACACGCCAAACUGCGACUCGCCAGCCAACGUCGACGCGGCCAAGCAGGUCAGAGAGGACAUCAAGGCUUAUCGGAAGAAGGUUCGACAGCUGGUGCGGCAGUCGGCAGAAGAGGCCUACGAUUGAAGUGGCCUACCAUGCGAUGCAGGUACACACGCUUCGUUGCACCGACCAGACA